AUGCCAGCUGAAAAAUUCUCCUCCUCUCUCUCUCUCUCUCUCUCUCUGUUUUCUUCCUUCUUUUCUUUAUCUCUUUUUUUCAUUCUUCCUUUCUUGUGGACUUAUCUGUUCCUAUUUAAUAUUUUAACCUAUAUUUAUUUUAUUAUUCUUUCUUUUUUUCUUUUCAUAUUUUCUUUCUUUUUCUUCCCUCCCUCUUUCCUUUCUUUCUUUCUUUCUUUCUUUCUUUCUUUCUUUCUUUCUUUCUUUCUUUCUUUCUUUGCUUAUUCCUUUCUUAACUUCCAGUUUCUCUGUCUUUCGUUCUUUUUUAAUCUCCCUUUCUUUGCUCCUUUACUAAUAUAUAUAUCUCUCUCUCUCUCUUUCCCCAGUGGCUUUCAUUCAUCUCCUUUUUUCUUCUUUACUAAUCUCAAUUUCUUCUCUUCUUCACUGGGAUUCUUUGCUUUCUUUCUUUGGCAGUCUCAUUUCUUACCUUCUUUAUUAGACUUCAUUUAUUUCUGUCUUUUCUAUUUUCUUUCUUUCCUCUUUUCACCGUCUCCGUUCAUUUUCUUCUUUUGUAGUCUCUCUCUCUUUUUCUUUUUUUCUUUUCUUUUUUCUUUCUUUCUUUCUUUCUUUCUUUCUUUCUUGCCUAGUGUCUGCCUGUUUCCUUUUUUCUUGGUCUAUCUUUCUUAUCUUUUUUUCAUAGGCUCAAUUUCUUUUUCUUCUUACCUAGUAUCUCUUUAUUUCCGUCGUGUUUCUCUUCUUCCUCUUUUUCAUAUUUUGAUAUUUUCCUUGUCUCUCUUCCUUUCCUUCUUUCUCUAUUUCUGA